AAUAGUUUCUUAGGCUUUGCAAUUGUGUCUUAUUUGAGAAAAAGAUUGCAGUAAAGAGCAACUUUAAUCUUACUACGCCAUGCCUACCGAAACAUCAGCUAUUCGAGUAAUCGCUAAAUGUCGUCCUACAAUAAAAAAUGAACAAAAUAAAGCUGGUAAAAAGAUUACUAAAAUCCAAGGCGAUAAACUAUCACUGGACGUUCCUGGAAAGGAUCAAACCUUUUCAUUUGACAAAGUAUACGGAGCAGAUGUAAAGAAUACUCAAAUAUUUCGGGAAGAAUGCGAUAGUUUAGCUCAACGUUUGCUAAAUGGAUAUAACAUUUCUCUUUUAGCUGUUGGGGCAACUGGAUCGGGAAAGAGUCAUUUAAUGAAUGGUACUGAACUAGAUCAGGGAAUAAUCCCUCAAAUGAUUAAAUCCGUAAAUAAUGAGAUGGCCAAUCAACGCAAUCAAAAACAAUUUUUCUCAACUAUAAGUUAUGUUGAGAUUUUGAAUGAAGAACUAACAGAUUUAUUAAAUCCUCAUGAUGAUGAGAUGUGCAUUAGAGAGCACAAUCAAUUGGGAAUAUAUGUGGAAAGAUUAUCUGAAUUAAUCUGUAAAGAAGAAGAUGAUAUGAUGAGCUAUUAUGAACAAGGUAAUAGAGCUAGGAAGAUGGGAACAAAUGAUAUACAUAAUCAUAGAGCUAAGGCAAACGGUAUUGUUAUAAUACAAAUCGAACAAAAGGAUCUUAAGAGUACAGGGAAAUUGGGAGUUAAAUCAAAGUUGGUUAUCGCUGAUAUGGCUGGUAUAGAGGGGGCUUUUAAUAAAAAGGAUAAAGAUAAGAGUAUUGAAACGUUCGUUAGCGUUGUGACUGCGGGUAAGCAAGGAGGCAAUAAUCCAAAGGGAAAUUCCAAAUUAACCAAAAUUUUAUCCGAUGCUAUUGGUGGAAAUUCUAUAUGCUAUACAUUUCUAACAUUAUCUCAAAUGGAUUCGGAUUAUUUAAAUACUCAGCAUACUCUUAGCGUUGGACAAACUUUGAAAUCAAUAAAGAACAAAUUUAAAAUCAACUUGAACGAGACAAGUAGCGUCAUUAACGACUUAAGAGAAGAGAUAGCGAAAUUAAGGGAGAAAAUCUCAAAGAAUCCAGACAACUGUAAAGAAGAUGUUGCAAGAAUGCAACAAUUAAUUCAAGAUUUGAAAACUGCUAAACAACAGAAUUGGGACGAGAAGGAAAAAUUAUCAGAAAGAUAUUCCAAAGAGAGGCAGAAGAAUCUAGCUAAUAAAGGGGUUUUAGAUUGGGUUCUUGACACGUCCUCCAAUAAAGGGAAUAAGGAGAAGCAAGAACGUGCUCUAUUAUUACAGAAGGAGAAAGAUCAGUUAACUCUUGAAUAUAAAGAAAGAAGGAGAGCAGUAGAUGAUCUUAAAAAUGAUCUUCAGAUGAAAGUCAGCGAGCACUCUCAGUAUUCUGAAUCUGGUAAAGUUAACAGCAACGAAAAUAAGAAGAAAAUUUCUAUAAUACAUGAAACAAAGGAAAAGCUAAAAGCGGAGAGUGAAGCUCUCAAAGAUGUAAAGAAGAGAUUAAAAGAAGUACAAGAUGAUUUAAAAACUACUGAUGAUGAUGCUUCCGUAUAUAUAGUUGCAAAAGGAGACUUGGAAAGUAGAAUCAAAGUUCAAGAGAUUGAAAGAAGACGAUUGGAGGAUAAUCACAAGGCACAUUUAGAUGAUGAAACGGAAAAGAUUCGAAUGGAAAUUGAACAACGUAAAAUGGAAAUAAAAAACUACACAACCGAAGAUGGAAUAAGAUUGGAGCAAGAAUUAGUGGGACUCAAAUCAGAGAAACAUCUUGUGUCUCUUAGAAUUCAACAUCUUCAAGAGGAGAAGCUUAAAAUAGAACAAGACUUACAUCAGAUGCAAAAGAGACAAAAAGAGGAAUUUGAACUUCAACAAUUGCAACAUUUUCAAGCAUUUAGAAAAUAUCGCGAAAUUUACGAUAAACAGAAAGCUGUCAUUGAGGAAAGAUUUCGUAAGUUGCUUGAAGAUUCUGUGCAGGAUGCAAUUUUUCUGUCCGUAAGAAAUGAGGAAUUAAUGGGGGAGAAUAAUAAGUUACGUCAAGAGAUUGCUCAAUUGAAAGAUCAAGCGAGCGUAAGGCCAAAUUCGAGCAACAAAAGCAAAUAA